GGAAACUUAAAACCUCGAUGUGAAAUUGUUUCAUUAUACCAAAUUAUAUCAACAAUGGCAUCCAUUUCGGUUCCUUGCCCUAAAACCACUUUGGUUGCUCGCAUCGGAUCCAAUGUCGAAAACCCACUUCCCAACUCGACCGUUUCCUUUCCUCCUCUCACUUCCAAUCUCCUUGGAUUUCAGUGGUGUAACAGGAAGCAAUCUCGUGUUACCAAGAUGCAGGCAAAGCUCAACGAGGUUCUUCUCGAGAAAUCGUCAAAUUCUGUGCCAGUCCUAGAGACUAACUCCAAUGUCCCAACACCUGAUGAAAAAGAUGAAUCAACAGAAAGUAACAUUCUGGAUGCAUCACAAAUUUCCGCAUUCAUGACACAAGUAUCGGACCUUGUCAAACUUGUGGAUUCAAGAGAUAUCACGGAGCUCCAACUAAAGCAGUUAGGUUGUCAGCUCAUAAUAAGAAAAAAAGAGGCUUUGCAGCAACCACCACCGGCAGCUCCUGUCAUUGCAAUGCCGCCCUCUUACCAACAUACCAUGCUUCCAUCUCCGCCACCAGCUGCUCCUGCAUCUGCACCUCCAAGUUCUCCACCUCUGGCACUGGCCUUGCCUCCCCCUGCAAAGACUAGCUCAUCAUCUCAUCCGCCACUGAAAUGCCCAAUGGCAGGAACCUUUUAUCGUAAUCCAGCACCUGGUGAACCCCCUUUUGUCAAGGUAGGAGAUAAAGUGCAGAAAGGUCAGGUUGUCUGCAUCAUCGAAGCCAUGAAACUAAUGAAUGAAAUUGAGGCUGAUCAGUCCGGAACCAUAGCUGAGAUUCUGGUAGAGGAUGGGAAACCAGUUAGUGUGGACAUGCCUCUAUUUGUCAUUGCACCAUGAUCACUUACAGGAAUCAUUAUACUCAGUAGCAAGAAGUACUUGUUUCUACCAAAGUAACUUGAAGGGUUACAUAUCUAGUAAUUUUUCCAUUUUUACGGUGUAAUUUUAAAUGAAUAAUGGUGUCAUCUUGGUCAGCCGAAA